AUGACGCACGCGUUCUAUGCGGAUAUGGGAGGGUUUCUUCUUGAGGGGCCUGGGGUUGAGACUCCGUUCCCGGUUGAUGCGACGCAGUUGGCUUUCCUGGUCGAGCAGGGAUAUGUGGAGUAUCCAGAAAUUACUCGGGAUGAUAUCGAUGAUCGUAACAAGUCAGAUGGGUUCGCGAGGUGCGUUUUGAUCAUGAUCUCGAUGGAGGUCAGUGCGCUGCUGCUGAUGACGAUGAUGCAGAUUUAUCGCAGUGUGUCAGGCGGUUUGGUUGCUGCUCAAUUGCAUCCUGCGCGGAGCCCAGCACCUUGCUUUGACAACACUGGAGCUUACUACUAUCUCCACUGCCCUCCAGAGCUCGAAGAAUGGUACACAAACCCCUUGGAAUUCCUGCAUCCCAACCUGUACAUCUGCCACCUCUUUUGGCGAUACUUCAAUCAGAUUCUCCGCCGGAUUCACUGUCCCAUCUUCUCUCGUCCCGUCACCAGCAAACCUUACAACCGCAUCCCAAGCGACGAUUUCCCGCAUCUAGAUACACUAGCCGACGCCCUCGCUUGUCCGAUUGUCCUCCUCUUUGGCAGCAUGUUCAUGAUCGCUUGGAGCUUUGACUUUCCCUCUUCUCUCGAGCGAAUCCUGUGGCGCAUUGCGUCCUGCUAUACACUGCUAUUCUCCAUCGUCGGCGGUCCAUACAUACAAUUCUGCUACAAAGUUCUUCUUCCACGGCAUGCUGAGAAACGAAGGGCUGGCGAUGUGGAAGCGACUACUCCGCAGACGCGGAUGCAGCAUCUCACUACGAAAAUGAGAAAUAUCCAUCCUUCGAAGGACCCACGGUUGGAGAUUCCGCUGUUGGCGCUCAUUCCUGUGACCGUACUGUGCGCUUUGUAUUGUAUUUCUAGAGCGUAUAUACUCGUUGAGGACUUGGUUGGGCUGAGGGAUCUACCCGAGUCGGCGUUUCAGACGGUGGAGUGGUCCGUUUAUAUCCCUCAUUGGUAG